AUGNAUAUAGCAAUAUUUUUAAAAGAUGAAGAAGAAGAUGAGGAAGAAGAAGAAGAUCUAAAGUCAGUUACAGAAGAAGAACCAUUUCUUGGAAGGGGUAGACGAACUGCAAUUUUAGAAUCCAAACUUAGAACAGAACAGCCUUCAGAAGAAAAGAGAAAACAACACCAAAAAGAACUUGCUGAACAAUUAAAUAGAGAAGCAAAAGAAAGAUUAGCACAACAAAAAGGUGUUCAAAAAGAAGAAAAAGUAAGAAAAUCAAAUAUUUCUUACAAAUCUGUUGGUCAGAUUCCUCGAGAACCUGAAGUUACAGAAUUAAAAAUUUUUGUAGGUUAGUAAUAUUUUCAAUACAUAUGUAAUAUAUAUAUUUUAUUUUACUUAAUUAUUAGUUUUAAGUUUAGUUAAUUUGUUAAAUAAACUGUGAUGAACAUCAGUCAGUCUGUGGAGGGUGAUUACACGUAUCUUCGUGUUAAUUUUUUCCAUCCUGGUUCUGCACUUGGCAGGAAUGAAGGGAAUGUGUUUCCUAAUCCAGAUGCAACAUUUCUCAAAGAAAUAACCUAUCGUAGUACAAAUGUGAAAGAACCAGGCGAAAUCUCUGCACCUUCUUCAAAUUUGAACACUGCGUUCAGAUUAAUCAAAGAAGUUCAGAAAAAGUUUAAGACAAGAGAAGCUGAAGAAAGGGAAAAAGAGGGAAUUGUGAAACAAGAUACCUUAAUGUUAAGUACAAAUAAAGCCAAUCCUAAGUUGAAAGAUCUUUACAUUCGACCAAAUAUAUACUCUAAGAGAAUUUCUGGAACUUUAGAAGCUCAUAUGAAUGGAUUUCGCUUUACUUCAUUGAGAGGAGAUAAAGUAGAUAUUUUAUAUAACAACAUAAAGCAUGCUUUCUUUCAACCAUGUGAUGGUGAAAUGAUCAUACUCCUUCAUUUUACUCUCAAGAAUGCAAUUCUGUUUGGAAAAAGACGUCACAAUGAUGUUCAAUUUUAUACAGAAGUAGGAGAAAUUACAACCGAUUUGGGAAAACAUCAGCAUAUGCACGAUCGUGAUGAUCUUGCUGCUGAACAGGCCGAACGGGAACUUCGACAAAAACUCAAAUCUGCAUUUAAAACUUUCUGUGAGAAAGUGGAACAAAUGACGAAACAAGAAGUUGAAUUUGACAGUCCAUUUAGAGAUUUAGGAUUUCCGGGUGUUCCGUUUCGAAGUACUGUAUUGUUACAACCUACCUCAUGUUGUCUCGUGAAUCUUACAGAUUGGCCUCCAUUUGUUAUAACAUUAGAAGAUGUUGAACUUGUCCAUUUUGAGCGUGUGCAGUUUCACUUAAAAAAUUUUGAUAUGGUAUUUGUCUUUAAAGACUACCAUCGGAAAGUAGCUCUAGUAAAUGCAAUCCCCAUGAAUAUGUUAGAUCACGUUAAAGAGUGGUUAAAUUCUUGUGAUAUCCGUUACACUGAAGGAAUUCAGAGCUUGAAUUGGACAAAAAUAAUGAAAACUAUUACAGAUGACCCAGAAGGGUUUUUUGACAAUGGUGGGUGGUCAUUUCUUGAUCCAGAUAGUGAUGGCUCUGAAGGCGACGAUGACGACGAAGAGGAGGAAGAUGAUCAGUAUCAACCAAGUGAUGAAGAAGAGGAGGAAGAAAGCAGCAGUGAAGAAGAUUACAGUGGUUCUGAUGUAUCAGAUGAGACUUCUGAAGCUGACAUGGGAAGUAGCGAAGAAAGUGGAAAAGAUUGGUCCGAACUAGAGGAGGAAGCAGCAAGAGCUGACAGGGAACACGGAGAGUUUGAAGACGAAUAUACAAAACGAUCGAAGGGGAUGCAAAAAUCUAGCAGUAGUAGUAUAUCAUCCAGAAACAAAAAAAGUCAUGACGAUGCGAAAUCACACAACAGUCCAAGAAGUAAAGACAAAAGUCCACGUAAAUUAAAACAUCACAGUGUCAGUCCCAGAAACAGGCCCAAAUCUUCAAUGAAAAGUUCGAUGAAAAGUUCAAUGAAGAGUUCAAUGAAAAGCUCAAUGAAGAGUUCAAUGAAGAGUUCGAUGAAAAGUCCGGGAAAAAGUCCAGUUAAAAGUCCAGUAAGAAGUCCACAAAAGAAUCAUAAAAGACAUUUUGAAGGCUCAAGUGGUGGUGAUUUGAAGAGAAAAAAGUUAAAGAAAAAAGCAUAAAAGGUAAGAAGAAAAGUUUCAGCUCGUUGCUGUAGUACAUUCCAAGCGUGACUCAACAGGAUGGGGUUAUUCGAGUUGGUACGAUUCUUCGUCUCGAGAAUAAUUUUAAUUCCUGUUCAAACAAGCUUGGAUUAAUAAUCAGAACUUAUUUCAUUGGCACUGUACAGUCAUGCGGUAUAUUGCAUUGCAUGGACGAGAAUCGCUCGUCCCGCUGGGAAACAAUCAUCAUUGGCAGUUUACGACCGAGAAGUGAAGUCAUUAAGUUCAAAACUUUUAACCGGGCUGCGUCGGCACCAAAAAACUGAUAUUUAAUGGCUUCGCCAUUCUUUAAUGAUUCCAUAAGGAUGUGUCUUAUGGUGUUGUUGUACACAGUCGAUCUGCAAUGAUUUUCUUAAUGCUGCUCUUAUCAUCGUCAUUCUCAACCACUUAGUUUAAAUAAAUAGGUGAACUUUUAUUUGCCGUUUCAUUCUUUAUUUACUUUAUUACGAAUUUUUCUAUGUGUAAAAACGUUUCUAAUUGUUUUGUACAGCCGAAAGUUUCGUUUAUAAAUUUUGAAUUUUACUCAGGACCAACGUUAGUUUUUGUUUGUUUUUUUUUCCUCGUUUCCAACAAAUAAUUUUAUAUUAAAAUAUUUUCGUAUACUCGAAUGGGGAAUUAUCCAAAAUAUGAAACGAUCUCCGUCAUUGGCAUUCGUUUACGAAUCUACCAUUCACCGUUUCAAGUAACAUAUUUAACUGUCGGUGACAACUGUAUAUGCUUUUUUUUAUAAUAAAAUUUUAAGUGAAAUAAAGCUCUGAUUAAUAAAGUUGUGUUUCGUAUUUAACAUCCAAUCAUAGUAUUU